UUAAACAAAGAAAAUGCCCGAUUUAGUAGAGUAGUUAGAGCAGUUGAAGAAAGAAUGUCCUCCCUAGCUUUUAGAUAAUAAAACCCAGGAUGUUUAUAUUACAAAGCAAACGCACCCACCACUCCAUAACUAUACACACACAACCAGCUAUAUCCUGGCUGUCUUGCACUAACAAUGAGAGAAUCCUCAAAGCCAUGGAGACCAUUCACAGCUAAUUGCUGUUCAGUCGAGGAUCAAGCAUUCUUUGGCAACUAUAGCAGAUGUAGGACAUCAAAAUCAGACGUUUCCAAGAGCAUUGCUCCAUUGCCAUCGUUUAGAAGAUUGUCAUUCUCUGAUCUUAGCCGUUCUUCAUCAAUUCGUAUUAACGAGGAUCUGGCACAGACUUUUGGGCCUGACUUGUUUGACUUUCAACUGAGUGAGUUACGUGCUAUAACACACAACUUUUCUAGCAGUUUCUUGCUAGGAGAAGGUGGGUUUGGAACUGUGCAUAAGGGUUAUGUAGAUGAUAAUUUGAGGCAAGGUUUGAAGGCUCAGGCCGUUGCUGUUAAGCUUCUGGACAUGGAAGGCCUGCAAGGUCACCGUGAAUGGCUGGCAGAAGUAAUAUUCUUGGGACAACUUAGGCACUCAAAUUUAGUAAAACUGCUUGGCUAUUGCUGCGAGGAAGAAGAACGACUUCUUGUUUAUGAGUUUAUGCCUCGAGGAAGCUUAGAAAAUCACUUGUUCAAAAGGCUUUCAGUGUCCCUGCCAUGGGGCACAAGGUUAAAGAUAGCAACAGGAGCAGCUAAGGGCCUAGCCUUUCUGCAUGGUGCUGAGAAGCCUGUCAUAUACCGUGACUUCAAAACUUCCAAUGUGUUGCUAGAUUCUGAUUUUACGGCUAAAUUAUCAGAUUUUGGGCUCGCAAAGAUGGGACCUGAAGGAUCAGAGACACAUGUUACCACUCGAGUGAUGGGUACCUAUGGAUACGCCGCCCCCGAAUAUGUUUCAACAGGGCAUUUGACAACCCAAAGUGAUGUUUAUAGCUUUGGAGUGGUCUUACUAGAGCUGCUUACGGGAAGGAGAGCAACAGAUAGAUCAAGACCGAAGAGUGAGCAAAACAUCAUUGACUGGGCAAAACCUUAUCUGACUAGCAGCCGCAGGUUGCGCUGUAUUAUGGAUCCAAGACUUGCAGGCCAGUAUUCUGUCAAGGGAGCAAAGCACAUGGCCCUAUUAGCGUUACAGUGCAUAAGUUUGAACCCCAGAGACAGGCCCAAAAUGCCAUCUAUUGUCGAAACUCUUGAAGCCCUCCAACAUUACAAGGAUAUGGCUGUGUCUUGUGGGCAAUGGCAAGCAUCACCAAAAUCCACUGCGAGAAAUGGAGUUUCCCCCAGAGGAAGGUUGGAAAGUAGAGGUGCAAGUUAUAGAAAAUCAGCUCCAGUCACAUCAAGAAAACGCAAUUAAUCAUUUAUAAUAAUGAAAUACAAGGCUAAGUGUAAGACAUUUGUUAGAUGACUGUGUCAUACUUACCUUCCUCGUGUUCAUUCCCUUUUGUUUGAUUAUCUGUAUCACUAUUCAAAUGGCAAUCCGCUUAUGCACGCUUACCUCCUAAAA